AUGCAAGCAGCAAUCAAUAUCAUUAACGGGUCUACUACCCUCGACAGUGAUGAUAAAGAUAAAGCCAUCCAUUAUCUAACAAACGAGGAUGUAUUGAAAAUCAAUAAUAUGAACAAUCCACUUGCCUACAUUCAAUCAAUACUCUCAAGAGAUACGAACAACAUCAAUAAUAACAAUAACAAUCACCAUAACAUUGGGAUCUCUCAAAAGUAUAAAGCAAAAGAAAUUGUUGGCUAUGAGUACCCUUUUAGAGGAAUAGAUGGUUAUUAUCGGACAAUCGCCGAUUUGUCUUACAACAAUUACCGUCACAAAGGGAAUGCGACAACCCAAUUUCAUUCAUUUGCACUCAUAGCAGGAGGAUCUGGAAUAGGAAAGACUAGAGCUGGUUUUGAAGUCCAGCCUGAAAAAGAUCCCAAUUUCCUUCAAUUGACAACCAAAGGAUCCUUGUCAACGAUAAAGAUAUUACAACUACCAAUAUGGUCCAUACUUGCGAUAAAUAUUGGAGAAACCAGCUACAUCAUCCAUUUGACAGCCAAUCACUCUUUUGGCCCUGAUGACAAGUACGUUGAUGAAAGCAUAGCUGAAAUGGCAAACACCUUUUUUGCCAAUUUUAGAGAUUUUAAUACAGCCGUCGUUUAUGUAAUAGUUACAAACAAAAAGGUCAAUCCAAAGGUGAUUGUAGACUUUCAACAACUCAAAAAUAGGAAUCCACAAAGCCCAAAACGAAACAUAGACGAUGAAAUCACCACGCCAAAAGCAAACCACUAUCUUGUGGUCGUCUCUCAAUACAAUUUUGUAACAUUCUUUACACCAACCUUUGCUCACAGAGCAUUAUUUACAGAAUAA